AUGGCGCCGAACAUUACCAGUGUCCCAACUGGGGUACUAUACGAAGAUGACAUAGUCGACAAGUCAACAUCGAGUGCAUCAUCCAAGCCGAAAUACAAGAUGCGAAUCAUUUGGAUGAACUUAAUGGCCUGCUGUCUCCUUCAUUCGGGGGCGUUUUACGGAUUGUAUCUUGCCCUCACAUCCGCCAAACUGUUAACGAACAUUUUCGCUUUCUGGUUACACAUAGUAAGCGCUAUAGGAAUCACAGGCGGUGCUCACAGAUUAUGGACACACAGAGGGUACAAGGCAAAAUGGCCGCUGCAACUUCUGUUGAUGUUAAUGAACACCAUAGCAUUCCAAGAUGCAGCGAUCAACUGGGCCAAGGUUCACAGACUUCACCAUAAAUUCAGCGAGACAGACGCGGAUCCCCAUAACGCGAAGAGAGGAUUCUUCUUCUCGCAUGCUGGCUGGUUGUUGUGCAGAAAGCAUCCGGACUUUGUGCAGAGAGUACAGGAGAUCGAUAUGAGCGAUCUGAAGGACAAUUCCAUACUUGCGUUCCAGAGAAAGUACUACAGAAUUUUGAUGCCUCUUCUGUGCUUCGUAAUGCCCACGGCUGUGCCGGUUCUAUGCUGGGGUGAGACGUUGACGAACGCUUACUUUAUCGCAGGGAUUCUGCGCUACACUUUUACGAUGCAUGUCUCGGGGCUGGUCAACUCCGCGGCCCAUCUCUACGGGAACAAACCGUACGACAGAUUCAUGAACCCCGCCGAGAACAUCCUGGUAAUCAUACUGGCGUUAGGCGAGGGAUGGCACAACUAUCACCACGUGUUCCCCUGGGACUACAGAACGUCCGAGUUCGACGGAUCCAUUUUGAACGUGACGGCAGCUUUUAUCAAUUUUUUCGCCAUGUUUGGUCUGGCGUACGACCUGAAAGUAGUUCCAAAGGACGUUAUACGUAAACGUGUGGAGAGAACCGGCGAUGGUAGCCAUGAACUUUGGGGUUGGGGUGACAAGGAUCAGACGCAGGAGGACAGGGAUCAGACGGUUGUUACGCAUCGUCUGAAGAAGGAUCGUUAG